AAAUCUGCCAAAAUCUUGAAUUCAGGGUUUUGGAAACCUAAAAUCUUGAAAUCUGCCAAAAUCUUGAAUUCAGGAUUUGGGAAAGCUAAAAUCUUGAAAUCGGCCAAACUCUUGAAUUCAGGGUUUUGGAAACUUAAAAUCUUGAAAUCGGCCAAAAUAUAGAUUUGAGGAUAUUGGAAAGCUAAAAUCUUGAAAUCGGCAAUAAUCUUGAGUUCAGGAUUUUGCUAAGGUAAAAUCUUGAUAUCGGCCAAAAUCUGGAAUUGAAGGUCCUGGAAAGCCAAAAUCUUGAAUUCAGGGUCCUGGAAAGCUAAAAUCAUGAAAUCGGCCAAAAUAUUGAAUUCAGGAUUUUUCAGAGCUAAAAUCUUGAAAUCGACCAAAAUCUGCAACUCAAGAUUUUGGAAAGGUAAAAUCUAAAAAUCGGCCAAAAUCUUAAAUUCAGGGUCCUCGAAAGCAAAAAUCUAGAAAUCGGCACACAUUUGAGUUCAGGAUUUUCGAAAGCUACAAUCUUCAAAUCUGCAAUAAUCUUGAUUUCAGGAUUUUGGAAGGCUAAAAUCUUGAAAUCGGCCAAAAUCUUCAAUUCACGAUUUUUAAAAGCUAAAAUCUUGAAAUCGGCCAAAACCUUGAUUUCAGGCUUUUAGAAAGCUGAAAUCUUGAAAUCGCUCAAAUUCUUGAAUUCAGGAUUUUGGAAAACUAAAACCUUGUAAUCGACCAAAAUCUUGAAAUGGGCCAACAUCUUGACUUCAGGAUUUUGAAAUGCUAAAAUCUUGAAAUCGCUCAAAAUCUUGAAUUCAGGAUUUUGGAAAGCUAAGAUCUUGAAAUUGGCCCAAAUCUCUAAUUUAGGAUUUUGGAAAGCUAAAAUCUUGAAAUCGGCCAAGAUUUUGAAUUGAGCAUUUUGGAAACCUAAGAUCUUGAGAUCGGCCAAAAUCUUCAAUUCAGGAUUUGUGAAAGCUAAAAGGUUGAAAUCUGCCAAAAUAUUAAUUUCCGCCAAAAUCUUGAAUUCAGGAUUUUAGAAAGCGAAAACCUCGCAAUCGGCCAAAAUCUUGAAUUCAGGAUUUUGGAAAGCUAAAAUCUUAAAAUCCGCCAAAAUCUUGAAUUCAGGAUUUUGAAAUCUAAGAUCUUCAAAUCGCCCAAAAUCUUCAAAUCGGUCAAAAUCUCGAAGUGAGGAUUUUGGAAAGCUAAAAUCUGGAAAUCGGCCAAAAUCUUGAAUUCAGGAUUUUGGAACCCUAAAAUUUUGAAAUCAGCCAAAAUCUUGUAUUCAGGAUUUUGAAAUCUAAGAACUUGAAAGCGCCCAAAAUCUUUAAAUCGGUCAAAAUCUCAAAUUGAGGAUUUUGGAAAGCUAAAAUCUUGAAAUCGGCCAAAAUCUUGAAUUGAGCAUUUUGGAAAGCUAAGAUCUUGAGAUCGGCCAAAAUCUUCAAUUCAGGAUUUGUGAAAGCUAAAACGUUGAAAUCUGCCAAAAUAUUAAAUUCCGUCAAAAUCAUGAAUUUAGGAUUUUAGAAAGCUAAACCCUUGAAAUCGGCCAAAAUCUUGAAUUCAGGAUUUUGGAAAGCUAAAAUCUUUAAAUCCGCCAAAAUCUUGUAUUCAGGAUUUUGAAAUCUAAGAUCUUGAAAUCGCCCAAAAUCUUGAAUUCAGGAUUUUGGAACCCAAAAAUCUUGAAAUCGGCCAAAAUCUUGAAUUCAGGAUUUUGGAAAGCUAAGAUCUUGAAAUCGGUCAAAAUCUUGAAUUCAGGAUUUUGGAAAGCUAAAAUCUUAAAAUCGAGAAAAACCUUGAGUUCAUCCUUUUGAAAAGCUGAAAUCUUGAAAUCGCCGAGAUCCUUGAAUUCAGGAUUUUGGAAGGCUAAAACCGUGAAAUCGGCCCAAAUCUUAAAUUCGGGAUUUUGGAAAGCUAAAAUCUAGAAAUCGGCCAAAAUCUUAAAUUCAGGAUUUUGGAAAUCUAAAAUCUUGAAAUCGGAAAAAUCUAGAUUUCACGAUAUUGGAAAGCUAAAAUCUUGAAAUCGGGCAAAAUCUUGAAUCCAGGAUUUUGGAAGGCUAAAAUCUUAUAAUGGGUCAAAAUCUUGAAUUCAGGAUUUUAAAAAGCUAAAAUAUUGAAAUCCGCCAGAAUCUUGAAUUCAGGAUUCUGCAAGGCUAAAAUCUUGAAAUCGGCAAAAUUCUUCUAUUGCGGAUUUUGGAAAGCUAAAGUCUUGAAAUCCGCCAAAAUCUUGAAUUCAGGAUUUUGGAAAGCUAAAAUCUUGAAAUCGGCUCAAAUUCUUGAAUUCAGGAUUUUGGAAAGCUAAGAUCUUGAAAUCGGCCGAAAUCUAGAAUUUAGGAUUUUGGAAAGCUAAAAUCUUAAAAUCGGCCAAAAUGUUAAGUUCAGGCUUUUGAAAAGCCGAAAUCUUGAAAUCGCCCAAAUUCUUGAAUUCAGGAUUAUGGAAAGCCAAAACCUUAAAAUCGGCGAAAAUCUUGAAUUUGGGAUUUAGGAAACCUAAAAUCUUGAAAUCGGCAAAAAUCUUGAAUUCAGGAUUUUGGAAGGCUAAAACCUUGAAAUCGGCGAAAAUCUUAAAUUCGGGAUUUUGAAAAGUUAAAAUCUAGAAAUCGGCCAAAAUCUUAAAUUUAGGAUUUUGGAAAGCUAAAAUCUUGAAAUCGGGCAAAAUAUUGAAUUCAGGAUUUUGGAAGGCUAAAAUCUUAUAAUCGGCCAAAAUCUUGAAUUCAGGAGUUUGGAAAGCUAAAAUCUUGAAAUCCGCCAGAAUCUUGAAUUCAGGAUUUUGCAACGCUAAAAUCUUGAAAUCCGCCAUAUUCUUGCAUUCCGGAUUUUGGAAAACUAAAAUCUUGAAAUCGGGCAAAAUCUUGAAUUGAGGAUUUUGGAAAGCUAAAAUCUUGAAAUCGGCUCCAAUUCUUGAAUUUAGGAUUUUCAAAAGCUAAAAUCUUGAAAUCGGCCAACAUCUUGAAUUCAUUAUUUUGGAAAGCUAAAAUCUUGAAAUCGCUGAAAACUUUGAAUUCAGGAUUUUGGAAAGGUAAGAACUUGAAAUCGGCCAAAAUCUUGACAUUAGGAUUUUAAAAAGCUAAAAUCUUAAAGUCCGCCAAAACCUUGAAUUGAGGAUUUUGGAAAGCUAAAAUUUUGAAAUGAACCAAAAUCUUAAAUUCAGGAUUUUGGAAAGCUACAAUCUUAAAAAAAGCACAAAAUCUUGAAGUCAGGAUUUUGAAAGCUAAGAUCUUGAAACCGGCCAAAAUCUUGAAUUCAGGAUUUUGGAAAGCUAAAAUCUUGAAAUCGGCCAAAAUCUUGAAUCCAGGAUUUUGCAGAGCUAACAUCUUGAAUUCGGCAAAAGUCAUAAAUUGACGAUUUUGGAAAGCUAAAAUCUUGAAAUCGACCAAAAUAUUGAAUUCUGGAUUAUGGAAGGCCACAAUCUUGAAAUCGGCUAAGAUCUUGAAUUCAGGAUUUUGCAAACCUAAUAUCUUGAAAUCGGCCAAAAUCUUGCAUUUAGGAUUUUGGAAAGCUAAAGUCUUGAAAUCGCCUAAAUUCAUGAAUUCAGGAUUUUGAAAAGCCAAAAUCUUGAAAUCCGCAAAAAUCUUGAAUUGAGCAUUUUCGAAAGCUAAGAUCUUGAAAUCGGCUAAAAUCUUGAAUUCAUGAUUCUGGAAAGCUAAAAUCUUUAAAGACACCAAAAUAUUGAAUUGAGGAUUUUGGAAAGCUAAGAUCUUGAAAUCGGUUAAAAUCUUGAAUCCAUAAUUAUGGAAUACUAAAAUCUGGAAACCGGCCAAAAUUUGGAAUUCAGGGUUUUGGAAAGCUAAGAUCUUGAAAGCGGCCAAAAUCUUGAAUUCAGGAUUUUCGAUAGCUGCAAUCUUCAAAUCGGCCAUAAUCUUGAAUUCAGGAUUUUGGAAGGCUACAAUCUUGAAAUCGGCCAAAAUCUUGAAUUGAGGAUUUUGGAAAGCUAAGGUCUUGAAACGGGCCAAAAUCUUGAAAUCGGCCAAAAUCUUGAGUUCAGGAUUUUGGAAAGCUAAAAUCUUGAAAUCGCUCAAAAUCUUGAUUUCAGGAUUUUGGAAAGGUAAGAUCUUGAAAUCGGCCAAAAUCUUGAGUUUAGGAUUUGGGAAAGCUAAAAUCUUGGAAUCGGCCAAAAUCUUGAAUUUUGGAUUUUAGAAGGCUAAAGUCUUGAAAUCGGCCAAAAUCUUGAAUUCAAGAUUUUGGAAAGCUAAAAUCUUGAAAUCCGCCAAAAUAUUGAAUUCAGGAUUUUGGAAAGCUAAAUUCUUAAAAUCGGACAAAAUCUUGAAUUCAGCAUUUUGGAAAGCUAAAAUCUUG